AGGUGAAUGACUUUGUAACCUGAUAAAAUCGUCAGCUUUUCAGGAAUACCCGUGAGGCCUUGAAUUUUUUGGUCGAUGCACAGCUACAAGUCCGAAACAAAAUGGUGGCACUACCGUUAAUUGGCAAUUUACCUGAAGUUGAAGCCGAACUACCCCCUACCCAGGACAGACUGCAGUUCCACUCGUUCUGUGACCUGCUCCCGACGGGUGCCUACGGCUGCAGGCCGCACGGCAGACAACGUGCCGACCACCGUGACGUACGAGGCCCCAUUGGACUGCUCUAACAACCCUGCAGGCGACACCCCUGUCAGUAUCCAGGUCAAUCAUAAUUGAUAACACCGAAAUAUCGUUACAUGAUUGGUCAGUUUCGAUAGACCAAAAUUGUCACGGUUGCCCCGAAUUUGCAUAGUCCGCGUUCUAACUGCGUGCCAUGGCGCCAUGCCUACCGUAAUGCUAGGACUGAUUUCUGUGCGAUCUGUGUGCCAUAUCCAUUUAGGAAUGAAUUUCUCGAUACCUUGCA